UGUAAAGUUCGACACAUUUGUAGCAUAACUACACGGAAUGCAAUGUUUUAGUUAUGAUUUUUGUUUUGAUUAUUAUUGGUUUUUAUUUAAUAGUGUUAUCUCAAGAAAGGUUACUAUAUGACGUAACUGCCGCUGAUCAGGCUGGUCUCAUAAAUUCGGACGAUGACGAGUUAACUCAAGCUUUACUUUUAAUAGACAUUCUGAAAACAGAUUACCUCAAACUACUACGACAAGAAUCUCAAGUUGCCAACACGACAAUUGCGACGACGACGAUCGAACAAUCCACUAGCAAAGCGACUACUGUCCUGGAAAAUCAGACGUCUGCGUCAUCGCUAAAACAAACCAUUCCUAAUUUAUUCACAACUACACGUUCGUAUUUAGCCAUAGUACCUCAGGAAUACAACAGAAAUCCCAUGCCCAAUAAAGGCGAGACGGCAUGGCAGCCCCCGAGGGCUCACGCCGCGCCCCUGUUUCCGCUGCACUGGCCGGCCCUUGGAACCACAUGGGCGGACAACUCGUUGCAGUAUACCAUGCCGUUGUACGUCGCGCCUCAUCCUUCACAAGCGCCAGGUCCAGUAGGGCCACCGCUAAGACCUUGGAGACGUUUCAUGCCUGAUUACUUUUUUUACGAUGUUCCUCCUCGUCGAUUUCCUAAAUCACAAACUAAUAGACGACUGAAUAGUCCGGCAACACUUGACACAGUAGCAACUACUAAAGUUACUGUUACUCAGAAAAUGUCAACUACAAAGACUACAAAGAAUCCUACAAAAAGUACUAAGAAUAUAGAGCGCACGCAUGCAACGGCUCCUAGUAGAGCCACUACGAAAUCUCUUCGCACCUCUCACCGUACGGGGCAGCAACGAACUUCAAAGAAAACUACAUUUCAUAAAAAAACUUCAACGUACAUAAAACAUACCAAUAUAAUAGAAGCAGAGGUGGCUUCGGAACUUUUAAAAGAAUUCAAACUGAUAAAUAUUACCCCAAAAACUAUAAUAAGAAAAAAACUAACAACUGUUGACAGCACGAGCACAGAAUAAUCUGUAGGUUGC